AUGGGCUGCACGCAAUCCAAGAUCGAGAACGAAGAAGCCGUCUCGCGAUGCAAGGAGCGCAAGCUCUUCAUGAAAGACGCCGUCUCCUCCCGCAACGCCUUCGCCGCCGCUCACUCCUCUUACGCUAUUUACUUGAAGAACACUGGCGCCGCCUUGAGCGACUACGCCCAAGGCGAGGUGGCCCAGCACCCGGCCCAGCUCGUCCAAGUCCUCCAGCCUUCCGUCCCCGCCGCUGCCGCCGCCACUUUCGACUCUUUUCCUCCUCCGCCUCCGCCGCUCCCUAAUUUCCCGCCCGCGCCGCUCCAGCGGGCCGCCAGCAUGCCCGAGAUCAAGCCCGACCCCAAGGGACAGGCCAAGCCCAAGCCGAUCAUCGAGGAGGAGGACGAGGAUGAGGAGAUUGACACCGGCGAGAGCUUGAGAGUGAGGACCAGGAGCAAAAGCCGGAGCCAGAGUCAGAGCAACAGAGGAGUUGUGGAGCUGGAGACCGAAGAAGAAGAGGAGUUUCCAGAUGGACAGCCUCCGCCGUCGCCGAGGCCGCCGCCUCCGUCGGUGGAGAGCCGGACGGUGCCGCCUCUGCCGCAGCAUGAGGACACGCCUUACGAUUACUUCUUCUCCGUCGACGUGCCGGCGCCGUCGCUGGGGGUGCCGCCGGAGCCGCCGAAGGAGGAGGUUCAGAGGAAGGUGUUCGAGGAAAGACCAGUUAAGAAAGUAGAGAGGGAAGUGGAGCCGGAAGUGGUGGUGGAGGUGAAGCGGAGUCCGGUAGUGGAGGAAGAGGUGGUGCCGGUGCCGGCUCCGCCUCCUCCUCCGGUGGUGGUGGAGCCGAAGACCUUGAAGAAGGUGAAGCCGGUGGGCUCAAAAGGCAGUCUUAGUUUGCUGCAGGUGUUUGAGGAGAUUGAUAAUGAUUUUCUCAAGGCUUCUGAGAGUGCUCAUGAGGUCUCUAAGAUGUUGGAGGCUACCAGGCUCCACUAUCACUCUAAUUUUGCCGAUAAUCGGGGGCAUAUUGAUCACUCUGCUAGAGUGAUGCGUGUUAUUACAUGGAAUCGGUCUUUUAAAGGAAUUCCGAAUUUUGACGAUGGCGGCAAGGAUGAGUUCGACUCUGAAGAGCAUGAAACUCACGCCACGGUAUUGGAUAAAUUGCUGGCGUGGGAGAAAAAGCUGUAUGAUGAAGUCAAGGCAGGUGAGCUCAUGAAAUUUGAGUACCAGAAGAAGGUCGCCUCGUUGAGCAAGCUGAAGAAGCGGAGUACUAACUCAGAGGCAUUGGAGAAAGCGAAAGCAGCAGUGAGUCAUCUGCAUACAAGAUACAUAGUUGACAUGCAAUCCAUGGACUCAACAGUAUCAGAGAUAAACUCUUUACGAGACGACCAGUUAUAUCCGAAACUUGUUCAACUUGUUGCAGGGAUGGCUACCAUGUGGGAAGCCAUGCGAUGUCACCAUGAGAGCCAGUCAAAGAUUGUGACUGCCCUCAGGUCUUUUGACAUCUCCCAAUGUCCCAAGUAUACAACUGACCACCACCAUGAGCGCACUGUCCAAUUGUGGUAUGUGGUGCAAGAGUGGCAUUCACAGUUUGUGAAGCUUGUGAGUAAGCAGAAGGAGUAUGUAAAGGCGCUGAGGAAUUGGUUGAAACUUAAUCUUAUCCCUAUUGAGAGCAACUUAAAGGAGAAAGUUUCUUCGCCACCAAGAAUUCAAAAUCCCCCUAUUCAGGGGCUACUCCUUGAGUGGAACGAUCAUCUGGAUAAACUUCCAGAUGAGGUUGCGAGAACUGCUAUACACAACUUUGCUGGUAUAAUACAUACUAUAAUGCUGAAGCAGGAGGAAGAAAUGAAAAUGAAGGAAAAAUGUGAAGAUUCCCGGAAAGAACUUGACCGCAAGAAGAGGCAAUUUGAAGAUUGGUACCAUAAAUAUAUGAACAAGAACAUACCGGAUGAAGUGGAUCCGGAGAGACCAGAAAGCAAUGUUCGCGGUGAUGUUGUUGCAGAAAAGCAGUUUAAUGUGGAAGUAGUCCAGAAGAGGUUAGAAGAGGAGGAGGAAGCCUAUGCGAGACUGUGCCUUCAGGUGAGAGAAAAGUCUAUAACAAGUCUUAAAACUGGCUUGCCAGAACUCUUUAGGGCAUUGGUCGCUUUUGCCGUUUCUUGUUCAGAAAUGUACAAACACUUGAAUUCCAGAUCAACCCACCAUCAAAGUGAGAGCUCAGGAAGACAAUAAGCUUGUAAGUAUAGUUUUAUCAUUGAUUUUGUUCUUCCUGAUAAAUGUUAUUUGCAUCGGUCUAUAGUAAAAAGCUUGUGCAUUUUAGAUAUGGGACAUGCCCGUAAAGUCGUAUAGAUAAAGUUGAAUUCAAUAGAUUGAGUAGAAUAAAAAAAAAGAAGAAAGAAAAUUAGAUUGAAGUUGUGCAAGCUUUCUCUUUGCCUCCAUUUUGUUUUCCUUGAAUGAGAAAUAUUUGUUCCAUGUAGAAAGUAGUUAUGCAUGCACUAUGGACCAUUGUUACUACAUUAUAUACACUAGAAAUUAUUCGU